AACCGAAUGAAGAGCUGCUGUUUUACUUUGGAGGAAGCCCUUCUCAGAGGUUCACAGUUCCUAAAAUGGUCCGCUCCUGAUGAUUUUUCUCCAAAAUGGUUUUUGAAUCAUACGUUGUCGACCUAGUUAAUAAAUUUGGAGGCCAAUUUCUGGAAAAUCUUGAUCCUUCACAGCUAAAACUCGGUAUUUGGGGAGGAGAUGCAAAGCUUGAAAAUCUUAUUCUCAAAGAGAGUGCCUUAGAUGAUUUUGAUCUACCCGUCAAAGUAGUCAGAGGUCACUUAGGAAAGUUGGUACUGAAGAUACCAUGGAAGAAUUUGUACUCAGAGCCUGUUGUUGCUAAGAUUGAUGGGCUUUUCCUGUUGGUCAGACCUAACACAGGGAUCAAAUACCAUGCAGAGAAAGAAGAAAAAGCUGAGCAAGAAAAGAAAAACAGACAGUUAGAAGCCAUAGAAUUGGCCAGAAAAUUAGAGGAAGAGAAAAAGAAAGCAGUUGCGGGCACAGGAGAUAAAGAAGAUGAAUCAAGUAAUAGCUUUGUUGAGAAGCUGGCAAUGCAAGUUGUCAAGAACUUACAGAUCUACAUCUCAAAUAUUCAUGUGCGUUAUGAAGACACAGUUUCAAGUCCAUCCUCUCCUUUUUCUAUUGGCAUAACCUUGGAAAACUUAUCUGCUCAGACUACAGAUGAGAAUUGGUUACCAAGUAUUGCCGGCCAAGCUGUUAGGAUUGUUCACAAGUUGGUGGAGCUCAACAGCCUUGCUGUUUACUGGAAUACUAAUGAUGAUGUUGGCAAAAUACCGUCACAGGAAGAUUGGGUGAAUUUUGCAAAGGGUGGUAUUGCCAAGACAAUACAAGGAAAUUACAAGCCUAAAGAUUACAAAUAUGUACUACAGCCAGUCUCUGCUACCAGUAAAUUGAAGCUGGACACAAAACCUGGAACUGAUCUCACUAGUCCAAAGGUAUACCUUGCUUUAGUCCUGGAAGAGAUCUUUCUAAACCUGACCAAGGUUCAGUAUCAUAACAUCAUGGAACUGUUGGAAUCCUUUGACUAUAUGUCCAGGAAUACCCCAUUCAGAAAGUACAAACCGCUUGAAGCUCUCCAUGGAAAUGCAAAAAAAUGGUGGAAGUAUGCAAUAGAUGGUGUCUUGGAAGAAGAUGUUAGAAGGAGGCACAGGAAUUGGUCCUGGAAACACAUGAAAAGUCACAGAGCCAUUUGUAGAGAAUACAAGGCCCUUUACAAGAAGUUGCUACUACAGGACAAACUUUCAAAAGAGGAGAAAAAGAACUUAGAGAACUUAGAAACAAAGCUGGAUGUGCUGAAUAUUACAAUUUGCAGACAAAGAGCUGAAUUCGAGGAAGCUGCUGCUUUGAGGAAGAAGAAACGAAAGGCUGAGGAGAAGAGCAAGGAGGGUUUUUUCUCUGGCUUUUUUGGAUCUGGAAAGAAGAAGGCAAAACAAAGCGAAGAAAAAGAAAUUCUUACUGAGGAGCAGAAACAAGAAGAGUUGCAGAAACUGUAUGCCGCCAUUGGGUACAGUGAGAAUGAAGUCAUUACAUCAUUUCCUAAAGAGUAUGUGGAAAAUAAGGUUGUUGUUCACCUCAAGCAAAUUGGUAUUGGGUUAAGAGAUGUUGAUAACCAAAGCAAAAAAUUAAAAGACAUAUUAAGACUAAGUAUCCAAGAUUUGUAUGCUGAUUUGGCUCAAAGGCCUUCAGCACAGGCCAUUGUUGUUUCUGCCAAAGUCGAUCAAAUGAGGAUGUUUGGAGCUCAUUCUAAAACCAAAUAUUUACCUCUGAUGAUAACAUCUCAGCUUGGCAAAGAGGACCAAUCAGAACAUACUCUUCCAUUAUUCAAUGCUUCAUUUGAAACAAACCCACUGGAUGGGAAGUGUGAUCAAAGAGUUAAAGUCAAAUCACAGCCAAUAAAAAUUGUCUAUGAUUCAAAUACAAUUGAUCAGAUCAUGGCUUUCUUUCAACCACCAAAAGGAGUACAGCUACAAGAAUUAUCAGCAGUAGCUAUGUCAAGACUAGAGGAGUUGAAAACAGCAUCUAAAGCCAGUCUUGCCUAUGCAGUGGAGCAUCAUAAGAUUACAGAUGUAAACAUUGAUGUGAAGUCUCCCUAUGUCAUCAUACCUGAGGGUGGCCAAUUUGAAGGGUCAUCAAAUCUCUUGGUAGUAGAUCUUGGGCAUCUCAAUAUAACAAGUGAUCCUGAACAGGAAAGGAUUGUUUCCACUAAGCUCAACCAACAGUCAAACAACUCUUCUUCUUUAUCUUACUUGGAGACUCUAAGCCUGGAAGAGCUAGAAUCCAAGUGCUAUGACAAGUUUGAUAUCAAAUUAGAAGCCCUUCAGGUGUUGGUUGCAACAAAAGGUGAUGCAUGGGAUGCUGCACGUCAGACAACCUUAUCCAAGCUACACAUCCUUGAUCCAAUGGAACUGAAUCUUAAACUUCAGAAAGCACUAAACCCUGAUGAUCUCAGGCUCGCACAAAUAAAGUUGUCUGGCAGCCUUCAUUCCAUUAAUCUUCGUGUCACAGACAAGAAACUGGAACAAAUAAUGAAGGUGUUUGAUGACCAUGGGAGAAGGCUUGUAGAUUAUAACACGGUAAAGACAACUGGUCUACAUCCGCUAGAAGGUGCUCCAGCUACUGAUGAUGAUGAUGAUGAUGAUGAUGAUGAAGAAUUCUCCACGCCUCCUGAAGACUUGGCAUCAAAGACAGAGAGUGACAGACUGGAAGCUAAGAGAGCUAUGUCUAAGCAAGUCGUUGUUGCUGUUAACUUUGAAAUCGAGCAGGUUGGUGUGAGUGUAGGCUUUGAAGACGACGAAGGGAACCAAACACCAUGUCUUGCUGUUAGCCUAGAUCAUCUUGGGACUAAAGUGACAAUGCAUCCAUAUGACCUCAGUGUUAAAGCAUCUAUUGGAUCCUUUGCUGUGAAGGAGAUGAGUAAUGGCUUGAAUGGAGAGCCUAUAUACCUCGUAAAGACACCUAAGGAUUCUGCUCUACUUUCUGUCGACUAUGUGAAGGCUGACAAGGAAUCACCAGAUUACCUUACCACAUUCCUGUCCACAGAGCAGUCUAUUAUCGUAGACUUUACAUUUCUUACGGUGCUGUUACAUCAAGAGGCUCUACUCAGGCUCAUGGACCUUUCAACCAAACUUAUCCCGUCACUGGAAGAAAAUAAACAAACGAUAGUGGACAAGUCCCACGAGAUACAAGGAGAAAUCGCUAAACAUAAAAGCAAGAGCACCACAAACCUACCGGUUAAGAAAGGCAAGAAAAAGAACAAGAGUGACACCCUGGAUGUCAUGGUGGACGUCAAGGCUAAACUGGGUGGAAUAUCUGUGCUAGUGACUUCAAAACAAGGCGGGGAUAUCACUAGUAUUCUGAUUGGAGGUGUGUCUGCUCAUGUCACUAUGUUGGAUGACAGAACCAAUGUCACUGCUGUCAUGAAGGACCUCUCUGUGAUGGACACCAACAAAGGGGUCUUGUACCCAAAGAUCGUUUCUAUUGUCAAUCAGGAUGUGUUUAACGUUGAGGUGGUUGCCUAUAAUGAUGCCAUGUCUAAUGGUAACUACACUAACAUGGAGGUAGUUGAUACGAGUUUCAAGAUGGACAUUGGUUGUAUUCGGGUCAUCUUUUUGAACAAAUUCGUCAUGCAGUUGUUGGCGUUCUCAAAUAACUUCCAAAAGGCCAAAGAAGCAAUGCAGUACGCAACGAAGACUGCAGCAGAGUCAGCAAGUGCCAGGAUUCAAGAUAUGCAAACCCAGACUUCCCGAAUCAGACUGGCCGUGUCAAUCCAGGCUCCUCUCAUUAUCAUUCCUGUCAGUUCUACUUCCCAUGAUGCUUUGAUAGCAGACUUGGGACAACUUACAGUAGCCAAUACCUUCAAUCUCUUCAAACCCCCUACCAAAGAUGAUGGCUCGGAUGCCGUGAUCGUGGAUAAUAUGGUGGUGGAGCUUAGUUCCGUUAAACUCUCAAGGGGUAAAAUGAAGGAUAGUGAGACGCCUGAAGCCAGUUCUGUUAUAGUAGAACCAAUCAGUAUGGCAAUCUUCCUGGCACGAAAUCUGUCUCCCUGGUGUCAUGACAUACCAGACAUUGAUGUACAAGGCAAGCUCAAGGCUGUCCAGUUGUGCACCGAUGAACAAGACAUUUCUACCAUACUAUCAGUAGUAUUCCAGAACCUCGCUGAAGGCCAGCAAGAAUUAACAGAGUCACCCGACGUACAAAUUGUCUCAGAAGAGGCUCUUGCCCUGGAGGGAGAGGCACCACUUGAAAAGACACAAGAAGAAAAACCGUCCAAAGAUGGCUCCUGGGAUACUGUGAAAUUUUCCUUCGAAAUUGAAAAAGUAUCGGCUUCAGUUUACUGGAAGACAAGCGAAAAGGCGUUAGAAGGCACAAGAGACCCUGCCUGCUGUUUGGGUCAGUUCUCACUUGUGUCUGUUAAGACAAGCGGGAGGGUCAAGUCCAGCAAUGCCCUGAACGCUGAUGUAAGCCUUGAGACGUGUAUUCUUGACGACAAAAGACCUGAAAGUGUAGAAGGCGUAACAAGGAUGAUGGAUCGUUAUGCUGGCGAUGCACGUGAUAUUCCAAAUAUGGUCGAUGUUAAGUUCGAGCAAUCACCCAACCAAGACAAGAACAUCAACAUCGAGGUAAACCAUGUCCACAUCGUUGCAAACCUAGAGUUUCUGCUAGUCUUGUCAAAUGUGUUCACAUCCGCCUUAGCAGCAGCUCCCUCCGCAAUACCUCCAGUUGUCCACGUAGACCCUACACAGGCAGCUGCUUUGGUUACAGCUGCUGGCAUACCAGCAGACCAGGAAUCACCGGAACUAAGACUACAGUUUUCUCUGAGACAACCGGAAAUCGUUCUGUUGGCUGAUGCUAAGGAUAAAGCUACUAAUGCACUGUUUUUAAAGAAUGCUCUGGAUUUCAACAUGAUGGUUACCCAAGGACAGCAGAAAAUGUUUGGUCAUUUGUCUAAUCUGAGUAUCACAUCUGCUGCAUUUGAUCCAGAACACCGAGCAGCCACCAAGACGCAAGUGUUUUACUUGUCGCAGUUAGCACUGCACAUCUCAGCUCCAGAGGGUGAAAGUAUGCAUAUUGACAUAAGAACGAGUGUUGCUCACAUCCAUGUGUCUGCACCAACCAUUAAGACCAUUACUGCAUGCCUGAUGUCACUUGCACCAGCUAGUGAGGACGGCAAUAAGAUAAAGCAAAACACUGAUGAUACUUUAUGGAGUGAGAAGGCUAUCGAUAAGGAAAACAGAUGGUACUUGACACCAGUUCCACAAGACCAAAUCAUCCCUGGUGCUCGUAUCUACGGUCUUUGGCCUAAAAACAACCAUUACUACUCUGGAUAUGUCUCUAAGAUAGACAGCCGUAUUCACCUGAUGUUUGACGAUGGCGACGAGACAUCCCACGACUUGAAUAAUCUUAUAGCAGUUGUACUUGAUAAGAACCCUGGUAAAGACAACCUCAAACUUGGUACCAAAGUAAUCGCGCCCAAUCCUAAAGUCACUUACUACUACUCUACUGCAAAGAUAAUCAAAAAAGAAACAAAGAAUAAUGUGGAAGUUUAUUGUGUACAGUUCAAAGACGGCCAGGAAAGUUCGCACGGGGUCGACAAGAUAAGAGUAUUGACGCACUCUAAACCUGGAGCAAAAGAUGGAGAAAUCAUACCGUCAAGUAUCGUAUUCGUCAGAGAAAAAGAUGGUCGCUAUGCUCAAGGAUUCGUCUCGUCUGAACAGCAAAACAGAUACACCGUCAAGACCUAUAACGGACAAUCGGUGAAUGUCAGCAUCCAUGAUACCCCUGCCAUCGUCCCGGACAGAGUGCCUUUGGUUAACGAAGUUCAUAUCGGAAGUCCUGUGAUUGGUUCAUGGAAAGGCACUGAUAAGUGGUAUUUUGGUCGAGUGAUGAAAUCUAAGAAAGAAAACAAUACGACGUUUUUUUAUAUUUUGUUUGACGAUACUGAUGAGAUCUGGCACAAACUGGAAAAUAUUCGAAUUGUUCCAAUGAAACAUCGUGACGUUCAUGAAGGUGCCAUCGAAGUUGGGAGUUUCGUAUGGGCUUGGUGGUCUGGCAUAAGAUACUUCCCAGGAUAUGUGUCCUUCAAAGGAACCAAGCUCCACGUUGACUUCAACGAUGGUGACAAGUAUCUUUAUGACGUCAAAGAUGCUCAUGUCAAAGUCUUUCCUGAGAUCCUUGCCAACGUCAAAGAGGUUCAUCAAGGGACUCGAGUAUUUGCUCGAUACAAGCGGCCCUCGCCGUAUUAUGCUGCUACAGUCAAAGAAGUUGACAAGUCAAAGAAAAACUUCAAGUUCUAUCAUGUGAAGUUUGAUGAUGGGGAUGAAGAAUGGGUCACCCUGUAUCAUCUUCGCCUUCUGCCAAAGACUGCUGCAGUUGGAGAAGUAACUGGCAAAGAAAGCUCAACCAAAUCCAAAGAACAAGAAAAGGGUAUCAUGAAGAAGAUUGAAGUCGAAGAAGAAAGAAACGAAUUACUAUUGUUCAAUAUGGAAGGAUUUGAAGUCAAGAUGGAAGGAAUGUUUGGUGGUCAACUAAUACCCUUACUGUCAAUGAAUGGGCAGUUACAGGCAGAGGUCAAAGACUGGUCCACAAAGCUUGAAGUCACUGCAGGAGUUGGUCUCAUUGCUAACUACUUCAACGAGCAUGUUUCUGAGUGGGAACCCUUAAUAGAACCAGUCGAAGAAGCUGAUCACAAAUACCGACCAUGGGAAAUCACACUAGAGCUUCAGAUGGGUAGCGAAAAUGGAUCCGACUCAAAUGGUGACGAAAACAACGGUGGAGGUCUUGACGUCAAUGUUGAGCCGUCUAUGUCUUUGUCAAUCGAAUCUAAAGAUGACCUUCAGGUCACAGUCACUAAGACCGGGAUAGACGUCUUCACUAAACUUGGAGCGGCGUUCGGUGAAGCCGUAGCUUUGCAGGGUGGUGCGAAAGUUGCCAUGGAAGAUUUGUCUCCUUAUCUUCUCCAAAAUGAUAUUGGUCUUGGCAUCAAAGUUUACCCUGGAGAUAGCUUAAAGGAUUCACCAACUGCUGACGACACAAAGAAGACAUUUGCAUUGGCCAGCGGACAAAACCUUCCUCUCUACCUCACCCAGGAGGCAGACAAAAGGGCGAGUCGAAGAGUACGAAAUGGAGAAGUUACUGGCAUCACUGUAUCCAUUGAGGUGGAAGGAUAUCAUGCUAUCAAGGACAUCCCCGUCAAACAAGCGAGAAUCGCUUAUUAUUCUCUUAUUCCCAGACAGCUGCUGAGAGGGACAAUGUUGUCUAUGGUUGUCCAGGUGGAGAGUGGGGAAGGUCAGAAGACUGUUACCGUCAGAUCACCUCUGCAGAUAUACAACCAUUUUCCCAUACCUCUUGACCUCUCGUGCAAGAGAGAAACAGAAACCUCUAAAGUUGCCACGAUUCCAGCCCAGAGCAUGUACAACGUACCUCUGAUACUGGCUUACCGAGCUGAACUCCAUCUUAAGCCUUCUGGCUUUGGAUAUAAUGAGACAAGUUCUCCUAUGGUCUGGACACAACUUAGUACAUUGCCAAUGGCACGAUUUGUUUGUGACUCUAAUACGCCAGGAGAAGCUCCUUUCUAUAUUCAGGUUGUAUGCGAGAAAGCACAAUUCACAGUAACACAAGGCGCCCAAAGUCAGGCUCCAACAUACAUCUAUCAUCUCCAUCCAGCAGCGGUACUCCACAACUACCUACCAUACAGUAUACAUUACUCUACAGAGGGCAUUCCUUUUGUGGGUCUAAAGGGAGGCAACCACUGUUCAUUGUAUUCCUUGGAUCUAACAAAGAACGUCCCUCUACACAUCCAGAUUGAUGACUACUUGGGCGAGUCCUGGAAAGGAGAGAUCAUGAUCAAACGUGGCAUGAAUGAACUGUUUUCCUUCACCUUAUCGCCAUCUUCAUCAUCAUCAUCAUCAAAACAACGUCCAGUCGAGCUUGGUGUAUUCACUCAAGUUGACGGGGCGUUGAAUAUAACGAUAUUCAGUCCAUACUGGAUGGUUAACAAGACAGGGAUGUUCAUUGAGUACAAGGCAUCAGACGAGGAUUUUUCAAUUGGUCAUCCAACCACUCAGCAAGAUGCUGUAAUGUAUUCCUACAGGGGCAAAGGAAGUCUUUUUGGCAAGAAAACCACCAAGGUAAGGUUGGCAGAAUCAGACUGGUCCAGCAAGUUCUCCUUAGAUACUGUAGGCAGUGGUGGCUCCAUGAAGAUCAAGCGAUAUGGAAAAGAAGUAGAGAUUGGUAUUCAGAUUUCAUUGUCGUACUUUAGUUUAACUAAGAUCGUCGAGUUUACGCCGCUGCAUCUUCUCAAUAACCGUCUCGAGGUUCCAGUCUAUCUGUGUGAGGCGCCUGAUGAAAAUAAUCUCCUUUGGACGACUGUUAAUCCUGAAGAGUGCACAGCAUUCUGGCCUUCAUCCGUCCCACCCAAGAACCUGAUGAUAAGAGUUGGUAAAGGUAUGGAAAACUCUCCUCGGUUUAACUUUGAACCAGACGUAUCCAUCCUCCUGAGAAUGCCUGAGAUUGGUGCUGUGUGUGUCGAGAUGCUGAGUAAGGAAUCUGCUGCUAUCAUUACAUUCAGUCCUUACUACGCUGGAGCUGCGCCUGUACGCAUCGAAAACUGUACUGCCUUGGAAAUCAACUACAAACAAGACAGUUUAGACACCCAAAUACAUGUACUUCCAGCUGGAAACAGUAUAUUAUAUACAUGGGACAAACUGACAGACGAAAAGAAAUUUGUCUGGUACGCUAAAGGAGAAGAUGAGAAAAUCAAGAGAAUAACURACUUAAUGGAGGUCGGUUAUGGAUCCUUCCAAGUGGAAGGGRAAAACUUCUAUUGGGCGACAUUUUUGGAUGGACUUCAGCGUGUUCUUCUCAUUAUUGAUGACUUCACUCUAGCUUACAGAGCACAACUGGAAAUACCCGAGCGCAUAUCACAGAGUAUUGCCCUUCAACUCCAUGGUAUUGGACUGUCUCUUGUCAACAAUGAAAACAGUACAGAGUUAGCGUACAUUGGAAUCACAGCGAGUGAUAUCAUUUGGGAAGAAAUGAGGAAGAAAGGGCGAUGGAAAGGACUGAAGCUGGGUGUCUCACUGCAGAUCGAGGUGGCCUGGACUCAAUUACAACACGUGAUAACUGUUGGAGGAGAGCCGCACUACAGGCAAAAGAUAGGGGAUAUUGAGGUCGAUUUUGAACUUAUGGAGAUGGUUCGUCCUUCGCGUCGUCCAAUCAGGAGAACAUUUUCUCCAGGAGUGUCAAUCAAAUAUGAGGCAUCUCCACACGAACAGGACCUACACACUAAAGUCAACUCUAUCCAGAUCGACAGCCAGGUUCCAGGGUCUAUUUUCCGCAAGGUUCUUCACCCUGUACCACCCCCUAAAUCUAUUGCUAUUGAUAAUGCACCCAAGCCGUUUAUAGAGAUGAGUCUGUUAAUGAGACAAGUAGAACACAGUCAAGUUCUUGAGAUCAAGUAUUUUAUGGUACUCAUUCAAGAAAUGGAGGUGAUGGUAGACAUGGGGUUCUUGAUGGCCUUGGUGCAACUCUUCUCAAGCGAUACUAUUGACCGCAGCAAAGAGCUUACUGAGUAUGAAGCAGACAAGAAACGAGUGCUUGCUACGCUCGGCGAAGCUCAUGCAGUACAGGCUGCUCUAGGAGACAUGAGAAACUUUUUCGGUGCUUUCCAUUUAUCACCACUCAAGAUACAUCUAAGCUUCUCCCAGCUGGGUGGACCAUCCAGGGAUGAUAGCGAUAAAACCUCUACUCAUAUCGGUGGCAGUUUCAUCAGUCUGUUGAUGCAGAGUGUAGGUGUGGCGGUCACUGAAGUACAAGACGUCGAAUUCAAACUGGCAUACUUCGAGAUCAACAAUCAAGUUUACAACCAACAGCAAUUGAUUGAUGUGAUUCGUAAACAUUACACAAGUCAGGCCAUCAAGCAGAUGUAUGUUCUAGUGCUUGGUUUAGACGUACUUGGCAAUCCAUUUGGUCUUAUCAGUGGCCUUAAGGACGGUGCAAAAGAUCUGUUCUAUGAACCAUACCAAGGACUCAUCCAAGGACCUGGGGAGUUCGCUGAAGGCUUGGCUUUAGGCGUACGCAGCUUAGUAGGACACACCGUUGGCGGUGCAGCCGGUGCAGUGUCACGCAUAACUGGUACAUUAGGUAAAGGUAUUGCUGCUCUAACUAUGGACGACAAAUAUCAGCUGGAAAGAAGACAAGCAAUGGGCAAAAAGCCUGUUAAUGUAGGCGAAGGACUUGCAAGAGGAGGAAAAGGUCUUCUAGAGGGAGUUUUUGACGGUGUAACAGGAAUAGUGACAAAACCUAUGGAAGGUGCAAAGAAACAAGGUGCUGCUGGUUUUUUCAAGGGAAUGGGUAAGGGUCUAGUAGGAGUGGUGGCCAGGCCAGCUGGAGGAAUAGUGGACUUUGCUAGCAGCACCCUUGAAGGAAUCAAAGGAUCAGCGGAUAAUGCUGCAGAAAUCCUGCCUCUAAGACCAGCGAGAGUAUUCUAUGCAGACAAGGUCAUCAAGCCGUACAAUCGAUAUGAAGCCGAAGGGAAUCACAUAUUGCAGGGAGUCAAAGGGGACAAUGCUUCCUUGAAAGAUGAUCRGUACUUUGCACACAGACAGCUAAACAUCAAGAAAGCGUUACUCGUUACGAACAAGCACAUCAUCGUAGCUGGAAAAGCAGAAGUGUUCGGCAACUGGGAAUGUGACUGGCGUUGUAGCUUUGAAGAACUGACAGAUGAACCCACGACUGACAAGAACAAGCUGGUCCUGACUGUACCGCUUAAACGAUCAGUCGAUGAUACCAAACGAACCGCCAGCAAAAAGAAGCUGAAACAACGACUAAAGGACACAGGACGAAAACUGUUUAAACGUUCUGAACAAAGAGCCAUAACUACACCCAGCCCACAAAUAGCCAAGUGGUUUGUAGCCAAGAUCAAAGAAGCAAGAUCAUAAAGUAAAGCAAAAAUCACUUACAAGCUUAGGAUGAUAUGCUCCUUAAUUGUGUAAUUCUACGUUAAGUUUAUAAAACUUCCUAGAAACAAAGAUAAAAAAUUGAAAAUAACUAUUUUAAGUAUUAGUAGCACCUAUAACGUUAAUCUUACGUCCGUUUUUAAUCAGCAUUUAGAAAAUAAGAGAAAUUGAGCCAAUAUUGUGGGCUAUAAAAUAACUAAGAGUUUAACGAAGAUUAUAAAGCUUCUAAGAAAUAAAGUGAAAAUGAUCAGAAGUCAAAUCUAGAGAAAUAAUCGUAGCCUCUUGUGAAAUUCGUACAUUUUUGUAGAAGUUCUUAUGUCGAUUCGUUUUGGAGGAUGUURAUCAAAGUGUUUCCUAAUUGUAUAAAAACACAAAAAUUUCAAGGUCACGUGCGCAUGGAAUGUCAUGGAAACGCUAUGAUUGACGUCAAGCAAAACCGUCGGUCUUCCUCACUAUGGCAAAUUAUACGAUACGCGUGAGAAGCUGUAGUCGUAAAAUUUGUGGGAAUUUAUUUCCGUUUGGUAAAGGAAGUUUGGUUGGAACUUCACAGAACGUUUUUAUAACUUUCUUAUCAAAUUCUUCUGGUCACUAACCUUACUUAAAUAAGUUUUAUGAAGCAGUCAACGGUCGAUGUUCUCAAAGAUCAACUCGUCUUUUCUUUCGUUAGUAAGAUGCACCCAGUCACUUAAAGAUGUCUUUCUGUUUAAUCAGACCACGAUCACGUGGCCAAAGAAAUAAACUAGUGGCUGUCAAUCAAAUACGUGUCGGUAAUAAAUCUAAAGUAAUAAUACAUUAAUACAUUUUGUAAUAAGACUAUCCAUAAAGGUUACAGAACAAAAGGCUAUUUUCAAAUAAACUAGAAUUUAAUUUAGUAAUUAUCUUUAAAUUCAAAAAUACGAUGCUUUCCAAUAGCUCAAUAAAUCUAUGCAUAUCGAUC